AUGGAAUUAACAAAUAUUAAUUCAAUGGGUCUUGUCAUGAUGAUCUUGGCUCUCUAUUGUGGAGUUGCCAUAGCCGCCGAGUACAAGGUCGGUGAUGAACCUGGAUGGACCCGCAAAGUUCCCGUAGAUUACUAUGAAUGGGCUUCCGACAAGAAUUUCUACAUCGGUGACACUCUUUUUUUCCAGUACAACACACCCACGCACGAUGUGAUGAAAGUGACUGCGAAAAACUUAAAGCAAUGCAACACACGAAACCCAAUCGCCGUCUACCGCACCGGCGCUGACAAGAUCGAGUUGAGGAGGGCCGGCCACUAUUUCUUCAUCUGCAGUACUCCCGGCCAUUGCCAAGCCGGACAGAAGUUAAGCGUUGUAGUUGAUUACAAGCCUGGACAAAAUUAUGAGGAAGAACCGAAGAACCCAAGUGCUGAUCCUAGGGAUGAAAAUUCACCAACUGCAGCGCCUGAUGCUGGAGAAACACCUGAGACUGAUCCUAACCAAAAAAAUCCACCAAUGGCAGCGCCGGAUGCUCCCGGUCCUUCAAGUAUUUUGCUUCCUUACUAUAAUGCACCCAAAUCAGCCCCAACCCCAAAAAAGAAGAAGGAUUAG